UGCUCUCCUCUCUCUUCCCAUCUCUCUUUCUUGCUUUCUUUCUCUCUCUCGCUUUCGCACCCUGUGCCUCGCCUCCUUCUCCGUCUCCUCCACAUUCUGCUCCUCCAUCCCCGCGGAUGCCUCAGCCUUGCACCCCCCCGUCCCAGGAUCCCGGCAAAUGGUCGCCAUCCCCGGCAACUCUGGACGCAGCAAAAAGGCGCACCGCUCCGUUGUGAUCUGAUCUGUGCACACUGCGGUUUGACUUGAGAGAGAGAGGCGGACCAGGGGCACAAGGGAAACACGAGGGGAAGCCGGACGCCGACAGUGGCCAGGAUCACACUUCGCAAUGCCGGUGCCCGAGCAGCCUGCGGAGCAGGAGAAGGGUGCCAUGGUUGCCCCUGUGACGCCAGCCUCCAAUGGAGCCCGAUCUGAGGCAGAGACGACCUCCUCCAUCCUCGCCUCUGUCAAAGAGCAGGAGCUUCAGUUUGAACGCCUGACCAGGGAACUUGAAGCUGAGCGUCAGAUUGUCGCCACUCAGCUGGAGAGAUGCAAACUGGGAUCAGAGGCAGGCAGCAUGAGCAGCAUCAGUUCAACAGAUGAGCAGUUUCGCUGGCACACUCAAGCUGAUGGACAAAAGGAUAUUGAGGAAGAGCUGACCACUGGUUUGGAGUUGGUGGAUUCCUGCAUUCGCUCCCUCCAGGAAUCAGGAAUACUCGACAGUGCACCACGACCGGCUCUUCUUUCCCAGAGUUCCUUGCAGCUCAACUCCACCCCGGAGGCUUCGCUCCAGUACUCUGCCAGCUACCAUAGCAACCAGACCCUCGCCCUUAGCGACAGCAUCUCCGCAGCAACUCCUCAGCGCAGCGGGCAGGUUGGAGGAGCCGUGCACAGCUACAACCAGGUGACAUCUAGUCGUGCCGCCCAGCAGCAGCAAUCACAAUUUGGGGCAGGGUCAGGUAUCUACUACUCCAGCUCCACCUUACCCACCCAGCGUAUCAGUUCCCCUCUGUCUGGAGGAGGAGGAGCCUCGGGACCCGGUUCCCCAGGUAAACUCCAACGGCUGGGAUCAGCCUCCGACGCACCGGGGUACUCUACCACUCAGCGCCUGCCUUCCUCCUCCUCUCCCAGCAAACAGUCUCCUGCUAAUCGGCUGGCCAAGUCAUACAGCAGCACAGUUUCUGUGACAACAGCAGGAGGGGGCGUAUCUCCCCUGAAGGUCGCAUCUCCACCCAACUCUCCAGCAGCAGGGGGAGGGGCCGGCUCAUCAUCGUCCCCUCUUCACCAGAUGAGUUCGGGCAUAGGGAGCUAUGCCACUCUGUCUCCCAAGCGACUGGCAGCUCACCAAGCUUCUGACCAGUACAAGAUCUCCCACGAGCUCUACGCUACUGCUACACUGCAGAGGCCUGGCAGUGUGGCAGGCUCUCGUGGCUCCUACAGUAGUCAGCACAGUCAGGAGCUUCUUCGGCCUUUGGGGUCCCCAGAGCACCACAUUGAUCCCAUCUAUGAAGAACGUGUCUACCACAACAAGGGCCUCAUGAGGAGCCUGAGCCAGAGCCAGGGGCCGGACACAGGCCCCUAUCGCAACAACAACACCGCUCCCUCCUCCCCUGGUGUCGACUCCGCCCCUUUGCAGCGCACAGGAAGUCACAGCACAGGAACAGGGAACUACAACCGUGGCGGGACCAACAACUACGCCACAGUGGGACCAGGCUACACCUCAAGCGUUGGUGGAGGAGAGGUGUACGGCUCGGACCCCUAUGUGGCGGACACCUAUCGCACCCUGCAGUACUGCCCCUCAGUGGUGGAAUCCCCCUACAGCAAGUCUGGACCAGCCCUGCCGCCUGAAGGCAGCCUGCAGCGCUCACCUUCCAUCGACUCGAUUCAGAAAGACCCCAGAGAGUUCGGGUGGAGAGAUCCGGAGCUGCCAGAGGUGAUCCAGAUGUUACAGCACCAGUUUCCAUCGGUGCAGUCCAAUGCUGCAGCCUACCUACAGCAUCUCUGCUUUGGAGACAACAAGAUCAAAGCUGAGAUCCGCAGACAGGGAGGGAUCCAGCUGCUGGUCGACCUACUGGACCACAGGAUGAGUGAGGUUCACCGUAGCGCCUGUGGAGCCUUGAGGAACCUGGUGUACGGCAAGGCCAACGAUGAGAACAAAGUGGCCCUGAAGAACUGCGGCGGGAUUCCAGCCUUGGUCCGCCUGCUGAGGAAAACUGGAGAUGUGGAGAUCAGAGAGCUGGUCACAGGUGUGCUUUGGAACCUGUCGUCAUGUGAUGCUCUGAAGAUGCCGAUCAUCCAGGACGCUCUGGCCGUUCUCACCAAUAGCGUCAUCAUACCCCACUCUAACUGGGACUCCUCCCCCAAUCACCAUGACGACCGCAAGCUCCAUCUUCAUACCUCCCAGGUGCUGCGCAAUGCUACAGGGUGUCUCAGGAAUGUAAGCUCCGCCGGUGAGGAGGCGAGGCGCAGGAUGAGGGAGUGUGACGGCUUGACAGAUGCUCUGCUCUACGUCAUCCAGACCUCUCUGGGCAGCAGCGAGAUCGACAGCAAGACUGUGGAGAACUGUGUUUGCAUCCUGAGGAACCUGUCGUACCGUUUGGCCGCCGAGACAUCCCACGGCCAGCAGGGGGGUUUAGAAGAGCUGGACGGCCUGCUUUGCGACGCCAACUGCCGCGACGGAGAGAGCUCUGGCUGCUGGGGCAAGAAGAAGAAGAAAAAGAAGGGAGUUGAUCAGUGGGAUGGCGUGGGCCCCUUUCCGGACACAGCACAGCCACCCAAAGGAGUUCAGAUGCUGUGGCACCCCACCAUCGUCAAACCAUACCUCACCCUGCUGUCUGAAUGCUCCAACCCCGACACCCUGGAGGGAGCCGCCGGCGCUCUGCAGAACCUAGCCGCAGGCAGCUGGAAGUGGUCGGUGUACAUCCGGGCUGCUGUACGUAAGGAGAAAGGCCUUCCAAUCCUGGUGGAGUUACUGAGGAUAGACAAUGACAAGGUGGUGUGUGCCGUGGCCACCGCUCUCAGAAAUAUGGCCCUGGACAUCAGGAACAAGGAGCUCAUUGGUAAAUAUGCCAUGAGAGAUUUGAUCCAUCGGUUACCUGGCUGCAGUAGCAGCAGCAACAAUAAUGCCACCAGCAGUGGGACCAUCGGCCCUGCCAGCAAGGCCAUGUCAGACGAUACGGUAACUGCCAUCUGCUGUGCACUGCACGAAGUCAUCACCAAGAACAUGGAGAACGCCAAAGCCCUGCGUGAUGCUGGUGGCAUAGAAAAACUCAUCGGCAUUGCUCGCAGCAAAGGAGACAAACACUCAGCAAAGGUGGUAAAGGCAGGCUCUCAGGUCCUCAGCAGUAUGUGGCAGUACAGAGACCUGCGCUCCCUCUACAAGAAGGACGGUUACGCCCAGUAUCACUUUGUGGGCUCUGCCUCAACGAUAGAGAGAGACAGACAGAGGCCCUACUCCUCCUCACGAACUCCCUCCGUCUCCCCUGUCAGGACGUCCGCUAAUAACCGCUCUGCAAGUGCUCCAGCCUCCCCCAGAGAGAUGAUGAGUCUGAAGGAACGCAAGAUGGACUAUGAUUCCACGGCAACCAAUGCUGGUUUCCAUAGCAACAAAGGAGAGCACACAUCCCGGAAAGACGGCAUGGCAGUUCAAGUGUCCUGUGGAACAUCUACAUUGUUCCGAAACUCUUACCUGACCGCCAGUGACGACAUCAAGCAAAACCAGGCUCCGGCCCAGCCCUGCGUCAUGCCCCCCAUGCCCCAGCAGGACAGCCCGUCAGCAGCCGUGUUAAAGGACUACGACCCCUACCCUCCCCCUCCUUCCUUCCCCCAGCCUCAGCCGCCGCAGCCGCCACCCCACAGCCAGAGUCGGAGCUUCAGUGAUGUCUACUACGAGGACCAGGGACCUCCACCUACACCUCCUCCUCCUCCAUCCCAGCCACAGCCUCAGAUCCAGGUGCAGGCGCCACCUCAGGCACAACCCCAGCAGCCUCCAAGCACCGCCGGACCGCCCCGAGACCCACGGGAGGACCUGCGCAUGCAUCUGGGCCUCAAAUCCACCGGCAACUACGUCGACUUCUACUCAGCCUCUCGGCCGUACAGUGAACUGAAUUACGAGACCAGCCACUACCCGGCCUCGCCUGACUCCUGGGUCUAGUUAGACUAUGAUGAUGAGGGGGUGGGGGUGGCAGAGAGAGAGUCUGUGUGUGCGAGUGUGAAAGAGAUUAUCUUUGCAAGCGAUCAACAGCAGAUUAACACAAAAUGACAGGAGGUGGCGUGUUGAAACGGGAUCUUGUAUCCAGUGGCAGGACAUUAGUGUUCUCUAAAUUAAGGGGGAAGACAGAGCUAGAUUGGGUUAAGAAAUGAAGUCAGGUCGAGUGACAAAGAGACACUGUGCAUGUGCAUGCAGAAAUUUUUUCGACUUUUCUUUUUCUUUUUCCCCCAGACAGCUUUAUUUCUCCAACUCCAUUGCACACUUGAGUAGAUAAAAUGGGAUUAGAUAUGAAGACGUGUGUUUGAAAGGGUGAGAGAGAAGUGAGCAGGAGAAUACAGCAAGAGAGAAAAUUACAGAGAGAGUGGAGAGAGUACGCAGAGACCUAGAGAAGAGGAGAGAGAUGGGAUCAAGACAUAAUGGGGAGCGGACGAGGGCGAGCUCUUACUCUGUAGGAGCAGGAAGUGACCUGACCUUUUGUUGAAGACAGAGGAGGAGAGGACAGGUGUGAGGGUUCUUAAGGAGGUCAGGAGGAAUAAAAGCACAGGAAAAAAAAGAAAUCACAUCAGGCACAAGGCGAGAAAUGGAUGUGUGACAAACGUAGCACUGCUUUAUCUCCUUCCCCCUCUUCCUUUUUUUUGUUGCUAUGGCCCUACAGGGGCUUCUGAAUUUGUUCGCAAGGAAUGUCAUCUUCAAUAGACUUCUUUGUUGUCAUCAUUCUUUCACAGCUUUUUUUAUUUGUACUUUUCUAAAUUUUCACUUUCACGAAAGCAUUUUUAUUUUGUGUACAGUUUAAAGGUGAUACAGUGUGUAUAUUACACAUGUUUUUGAUGGGGCCCACUUGUGCAAAUGUGAUUUGUUUUCCUCCCAUGACAUGGCAUACUGACUGAAACAACAAAAGCAACAAAAAUAAGUGAAAUGCGAACACAAGAAGCAUAAAAGACAGACACUGUCAUGAUGGAUGUCAGUGGACGUCUUUGUUUUGCCCUUUUCCGAGCCGGAGAGGAAACCCUGCAGUGUUUGUGUUUUUCUCCAUCAAAUGAAUUUCAUUGUGGACAUGCUCAAAUGGCAGGAGCAGCAGUUCAAGGCUGCCAGAGCAUCAGAUUGGCAGAACGGGAUCGCUCCCGAGCCCCCUGUCAACAAAAGUGCUUUUUCACUGCCUAAAGAAUACACGUGUAUGUUUAAAGCACACUCUCUUUGUCUUUUCCUUUUGGGGAGACGAUAUGUUUGACCAUGUCAACUCUCCGUGGUUUCUCAUCAUCACUCGUGCAUAAAAACUGGUCCGUCUCACAAGAGCCACCGUGACUAUUGUACAUUUCAGUGUGCGGUAGAGAUAGAGGAAGAGAGAGACUUGACAUUGUGCCAAACUUUGACACCCCGUGGACGAGUUCGCGAGGACUUUAAAAGAACAUUCUGUCGAAGUUUUCCGACGAUGGAUGGGCGACUCCCUCUGCUGUUUGUGACGUUUAUUUUCUUGUGUUUUGAUCAGGUAAAGCCGUACUUAUUGCUGGGAUCACGGGUAACAUCUCCCUCCCAUAGAUGUACAGACCUGCCUCUCUGUGUUGGCUGAGCAUGUGUGGGCGUGCGUGUGUUGGAACACAUGUGUGCGUGCGUUUGUGUACGUGUGCAUGUAUGUGACUGAAUGUGUGGCCCGUGUGAGUACAAGUAAACCUGAGCGAGCGUAUCUAUGCAUGCAUGUGUGUAGUAGUGUGUGCGUUUGCCUCUGUUGCGUGUAUGUGUGUGUGAGUUCCUGUAUAAAUCAAUGUCCAAUCAAGGCAUUCCUACCGACAGUUUGUCCAGUUUUACAACAUGAAAAACUAAAAAUCACUAGAAUGAAUUGUUGAUAUAGAAUGACAAAUCUAUGAAUAUAAAUAUAAAUAUAUAUAUAAUUUUUAUGUGCAGAUGUCAGUGUCACUAAAUGCAACAAAUGUCCGCAGAGAAAAAAUGAUGAUGUGCUGUACAACAGGACUCUUGUUCACUUGACCUAAACAUGGAAGCUGCUGAUCGGGCCCCACUCUCCCCCCCCCCCUCCCCUCCCCCAAUCGAGACAAAAGAGAAAUCCCACCUGAAGAUGCUCAGGCUCUGGUGCGAGUUGUGUGUUUAUUGUGUGUCCAUGCUUCUUAGAUGACCCUGCUGAGAGAGGACCGUACCGUACUUGAACACAAGGAAAAAUAAAAAAGACUCUUUGCAAUCAAAUGC